UUUGGGAAUAGAAAAAUAGAAACCAUCGAAAAAUUGUAAAUUUAGGUUCGGUUUCGAUUUCUAAAUUUGUCCGGUUCGAUUUUUCGAAUUUGGGGUAAAAUCAUUUGACUAAAAUGGAGUUUAAGUUGAGUCGUCUCCGGCGACUGAGCAUCACCCGGAAAUGAACAGAGAAGAAGCUUCAGGCGAGUCUUGGUCUUCAAAUCAGCUAGAGAAUUGGACAGAAGAACAAGAUCAGCUGAAGAAGAAACUGAUCGCGCACGAUGACUUCCCAUGGAAGUUACCUUCUUCACCAACGGAACUACCUCAAGGAUCGGAGACCCUUAAGUACGUUGGAGGCGUGGACAUAAGCUUCACCAAGGACGAUUCCUCCGUGGCGUGCGCUUGUCUCGUCGUUCUCGAGCUGCCUUCUCUCCGUGUAGUUCACAAUGAGCUCUCUCUAUUACGCCUCCAAGUUCCGUAUGUUCCUGGGUUUCUCGCCUUUCGUGAGGCUCCGGUUCUGUUGCAGAUUCUUGAGAAGAUGAGGGAUGAUCAGCAUCCUUUCUAUCCUCAGGUACUGAUGGUUGAUGGGAAUGGGAUACUUCAUCCACGAGGAUUUGGCUUGGCGUGUCAUUUAGGUGUUCUUGCUCACCUUCCUACAAUUGGUGUCGGAAAGAACGUACCAUCUUCUCAGAAUCUCUACCUUUUUUCUGCUUGUCUGCAUCAUGUGGAUGGUUUGGAUCAUUCUGAGGUUAGGCGAUCGUUUCUGCUCAAAGAAAACGAGGAUGAGCAGGUUAUCAAGUUGGUUGGGAACUCUGGUUUUACUUGGGGAGUAGGAUUUAGGCCAACUCUGAGUUCUGUGAAGCCCAUAUACGUUUCACUAGGCCAUCGCAUAUCACUUGACUCUGCGGUUGAGGUUGUGAAGAUGACCUGCAAGUACCGUGUGCCUGAACCUAUUAGACAGGCAGAUAUGAGAUCAAGAGCAUAUCUCCAAAAGCAUCUACUUGGUCUUUUAAAAGAUUUGGGUCACACGGAAUGGAAGACUGAACAUUAGUCACUAAAACAACCAAAGAAGGCUGUGAACACUUUUCCACAUUAAAGAUCAUUCUGCAAUGUCUUUGCAGAGGAGCCCUUCACCAAGUUUUUCCCUUUAUUUAUCUCAGUGACUCUAACCAAGAUUGUUUCGAAGAGAUGAGUCUUGUUGUAUCAUGUUUGAAUCCAAUUCAUUGUAUCUAUUUUGCGUUAAGCUAUUAGCUAUGUAAUAAUUUCCAUAUAGCCAUGUCUCAUUUACUUAAAACUUGAAUAUGAGAAUAUGUCUUUAAAAUAUCAUUUUUCAGACCGUGUUAAAAGGAUUGGUUUGGACCGA